AUGUCCAAAACCACGCUUCGGGAAAGCAAUGCCAUCCUCCUCACCAGUCCUCGCGAGGAGGAUGCUGAUGAUGAUCAACAGACGACGACGAAAACAACCACCACUUUUGCUACUUUAAAGAUGACUUUAAAGAAUACUGCUACUACUACGACUAACACUGCGACUAUCAGUGCGGCUGAGAAGGCAUCGCUCGCGGCAAAAGAGUACGCGUUAAAGCGCCAACGCAUGCGACAGAAAGCAGAAACCAUCCGUUUCGAGCGAAUGAAUCAAGAGAGGAAAUCUGCGCAAGAGAAGAAAGUUCGAGAGCAAAACGAAAGGCGAAAAGCGCUCGAUUUGACGAAGAAACGAGAGGCAUUUUUGCAACAAAAAAAACAGGAACGAGAGGAACGAGAACGAGAGAAAGAGCAAAGGAGAGUUGAAGAGAGAGAAAAGAUGGCGAGAGAGGCGGCGAUGUGGAGUCCGAGGACGCAAAAUGUGGAAUUGGGGAGGUACGCGAUGCAGGUUAGAGAGCAACAGCGGGGACGGAUGGAUGCGACGGCGGCGUCGCCAAAGUCGCCGAACGAUGUCUUUUACGACGCGAAGGAAAGUUUGCCGGUAGUGCAGAAAAGAAUUUCGAUCGUGGAAAAGAGUAGCGUCGUCCGUAAUGACAACAAAGUGAGGAGCGAGUCGAUGGUUGGUGAAGAAAAAGAGGAGGAGUUGGUGAGGAAGAAGACGAAGACGUUGAACAUCGCGAGCGAGCGAAGACGGGAGACGAAAAGUAAGAGUCCUUUCAGUUCUUCGAGCGGCGCGGGUGGCGAAGGGGUGAAUAAAUCCUCGCGGCGGUCCCCGUUGAUGCUUUCCAAGCCACCGACCAAGAAACCGGCCUUUUCGGGGUCUUCGAGCUUGUUGCUGAAGACGAAGAAAUCGACUCCUCCGUCCGCGUCUUCUCCAUCCUUGGCGCCAAAAGUUAAGAACGCGAUGGUAAACGCAAAGACGGGAGAGAUCAAAUCGCUUCGACCUCCGACGUUUUUAGCGUCGCAGAGUAAUAAAUCGACACCCGGUGUCAAUAGAGUAGCAACGAGGACACCGGGAAGUAGCAAUAGCGCAACACUCGUGAAGAAGAAGAAGAAGAUGAAAAUUUUGACCGACACCCCUAGUAGCGGCGCCGAGACCGAGGAGAAGGAAAAGGAGGAAGAGAAAUCGCUUCGUCAAAUGUUCGAUAAGAGAGAAUCGAGACGAAUACACGCGAAGCAAUUCAAAGCGGCCGUGCAGAGAUGGCGCAUGAAGAAUGCAAAAGAUGAGACGUUCGAUGCGAUGAGUAUCAGUUCUGACAACACUAAAAUGAUUAGCGUCUACGCUCGGAAACGGCCUAUGUUUGAACGCGAAACGAGCAAGGGCGAGUUUGAUGUCGUCACAGUUAGCGCGUCUAAAUCGAACGAAAUCGUCGUGCACAACUGUCAAAUGCACGCGGACUUGAAGCGAAUGUUUGUGAAACACGGGACGUUUUCGCUACAUGGCCAAGCGUUCGAUGAAGACGUGGAGGAGAUUGAAGUGUACGAGACGGCGGUGAAACCGUUGGUUGAAAAUGUCAUCGAAAAAGACGGAGGAUCGGCGGCGUUGUUUAUGUUCGGCCAGACUGGAUCUGGAAAGACGCACACGAUGUCGAACAUUGAAUUGAAUGCAUUCAAAAGUCUCUUCUCAUCCGGGAAUGGCGUUGAGAAAGUAUGCGUGCAAUAUUUUGAAAUUCAAGGCAAGAAAUGCUUCGAUCUUCUCGGCGCGGAAAGGAACGAAGUCGUUUUGAAAGAAAUUUUCGAAACGAAUAGAAUGGCAAAAUGCAAUAGUAAAGAUAAGCAAGCAAACAUGGAAGUAGAGUUAAUUAACGCGACAUCUGUGGCGUGCUUUUCCGCGAAAGAUGUUGAAAUUUGCGUCAAGGAGGGCGUUUCGAGGCGAACGGUAUCGGCGACGCAGUGCAACGCGCAAUCGUCUCGGUCGCACGCGGUGUUACGUCUGACGGUGUAUAAAGUUCCGUCGUCGUCAUCAUCAAUAUUGACAUCAGAAAGGCGCUUAACACUCGUGGACUGUGCCGGAAGCGAACGGAAAGAGGACAACGUGCAUCACGAUGCCAAACAACGCGAGGAGACUGCUGCUAUCAACGCGUCGUUAUACGCGCUGAAAGAGUGCGCUCGGUUUCGAAAGUUGCGCGCAGACGCGAAAGACCCAUCUUCUAUCCACGUUCCGUAUAGAAAUAGUCCACUGACGAAAGUCUUGGCGGAGUGUUUCGUGAGCGACGUGGCGAAGAUGGCGGUUAUCGGUACCGUGUCGCCUGCAUCCAUCGAUACCGAACACACGGCGAUGACGUUGAAAACCAUCGUUCAAAUCGGUGGCGAUAGUUGCGAAAUCGACACGAACAGUAAUUCUACCAAGAGUAGUUGUUACAAAGAGUCGAGAGAGGACGUGGAAAGAACGCUCGAAAUUGAAGUUUCAAAACUCACCGGCGAGAAAACCGUCGUGAAAAAAGAUGUCGCGAGACGCAUACCGCCGGUGAAAUGGAAACGCGAUGAACUCGAAAGAUGGAUUCAAACGACCAAAAACGGCGCGUUCAAGCACGCAAAAGUUCCAACAACUAUCGCAGGAAGAGAACUCGUUCGCAUGCAACCGGCGGCGUUGAGUAACAUGUUCGGAGGCGACGCGAGUAUGGGUAAGAAACUGCACGAAAGUAUCCGCGCGGAGAUUCAAAAGUGUUCCGUGAAAACCGGUAGCGGUAACGGUAAUUAA